AUGACAUCAGAGAACCCACCCAAUCACAACCCUCUUAUUUUCUUCUGCCCCUCUAUAUUCUCCCAGUUACUCUCAGCAACACAUCUUCCAAUUCUAUACACCAUGUCUUGGUCUCAAAAGACUUUUACUCUCCCCUCUCGCAGUCGCGGCUCCUACCUUAUCACCGACCAUGUCCUCCAGGAGGUCCCCGAGAUCCGCGACUACAAAGUCGGCAUGCUGAAUCUAUUCGUGCAGCACACCAGCUGUGCACUUUCGUUGAACGAGAACUGGGACGACGAUGUUCGCGCCGAUAUGAGCGAUGCGCUGGAUCGUAUUGCGCCUAUGGAUAAGAAGGGGAAUUUGUAUCGUCAUUCUGCCGAGGGCGAGGAUGAUAUGCCGGCUCACAUCAAAUCUGCCCUCAUUGGCGCUUCAGUCAAUAUCCCUAUCACGAACGGUCGCUUGGCAACAGGAACAUGGCAGGGCAUUUGGUACCUGGAGUUCCGGACGAGCCGGCACAGUCGCAAGGUUGUCGCGACGAUCCAGGGCCAGAAGGCUUGA